AAUUUUGCAAACAAUGGAACUUAAUUGAAAGGUACUUAGGGGAAUGCAACAAUUUAACUAUAUACUAAUAAUCUAAUGACGCUCUCUGUGUCAUCUUAUCUCACACACAUACCCAUGAGGGAGUGCCUAUUCUAGUCAUUAUAUAUGUCCCAAUACUAGUCCUAUCCUAGCCCAAACUAAAGGUCCUGUUCGUUGAUUUCUUGUCUCACACUUUCUUUAAACCUACAAGUACAUCUUCCCCUUCCUUCUACACACACAAACAUCAUUCAUCCUUCAGUCUCACCGAAAGUAACCAGAAAUCCUCCACCUUUCCAUCUUCUAUUUCAACUCACUCAUUCAAAGCAAGUUUGCUUGAGUUUUAUUCAGCCUAGGGAGAGACUUAUUAUAGGGUGUGAAAAAGAAAAGAUAAUGGGACAAGCAGAGAGUAGUACCGAGGAUUAUGACAAACAACAACAGCAGCAUCAGCAAAAGCAGUUGAUUCCAGGUCUGCCUGAUGAGAUAGCCAUGGAUUGUUUAGUGAGAGUGCCCCACCAAUUUCAUUCCAACAUGAAAUUAGUGUGCAGGAGUUGGAGAACCUUAAUCACGCAUCCUUCCUUCUACAAAGAAAGACGCAGAUCUGGCACAGCAGAGCAAAUGGUGUGCCUUAUUCAACCUCUUCCAAUUCCAAUUCCAUCACCACCACAAAAUGAGACAGAGUCAUCCAAGAAGACCCCAAGUCCACCUCAAUAUGGCUUGAGCAUCUACAACGCCUCACACCAGACUUGGCAUCGGAUAAUGGGACCCAAUGCAAACACCGGACAUAUCCCCAUGUUCUGUCAGUGUGUGCCACUUCCAGCAUUUGGGAAGCUCAUGCUCUUAGGUGGUUGGGACCCCAAGAGCUUGGAACCAGUGACUGAUGUGUAUGUCCUGGACUUCAUUGGUGGUUUCAAGUGGAAACGUGCAGCGUCCAUGUCAGCGGCGCGCUCUUUCUUCGCAUGUGGAGUGGUAGGAGAUUCAAUGGUUUAUGUGGCAGGGGGACAUGACAAUCAGAAGAAUGCGCUGCAAUCAGCAGAAGUGUAUGAUGUAAACGCAGAUGAGUGGAGGGUGUUGCCACCUAUGGCAGAGGAGAGGGACGAGUGUCAAGGGCUUACCUGGGAAGGUGAUUCCAGGUUCUGGGUGCUCAGUGGGUACAGCACUGAAGCCCAAGGACUAUUUAGAUCUGAUGCCGAAUGUUAUGAUCCCAAGACAGGAUCUUGGUCCAUAAUUGAAGGGGUUUGGCCCUUUCCAAAUGUUAGUCCAAGAGGCCUCACCACCACAAUCACCAUCAGCAACCAAAACCAACUGUGGUGCUUCUUGGGAGGACAGCAAUUUAAGCAAUCUAGGGACAACAAUGAGAUCCUGUGGAAUGUGCUCAAGUCCGUUCAGCUUCCUGAUGACAUAAAUGUAACAUCACUAUGUGUCACAGCUAUUGGACAGGGUCAAAAUCAAUGUUGUAUCAAUAAUCAUCCUCAGCAGCAGCAGCGGAUUUUCGUAAUGAGUAGUAGUGGUGGCAGAGGAGUAUUGUCAUCAUCAAAUUGCGGAGAAUGUGAAUGUGAAGGGAAGGGGGCAUAUAUGUUAGAGAGGGAGAUCAAAAGUAAAGGUGGUAGCAUCUACAAAUGGAAUCAUGUCCACACUCCUGUUGCAUUUGCUAGCUUCCCAUAUUCGGCUUCAUACAUUUUUAUCUGAAAACUAAUAGAUUUACAACUGCCAUCAGUCUUUUAACUCGUGAACUUUUCAGUUCUUGUUCUUUGGGCUUCUUUUGGUACUUGCUUCUUGUAGUUAUGUGGACUUGGUUUAGUUUUAGUUUAUCACUUCGAUCAUAACUUCCGGAAUUUAUGAGAAGAGAAUGAGUCAUAGAGAUUAAAAGUUGAUCUAAGAGUGCUUUUAAAAUUCAGUCUAAAAUGCGCUAGCUUGAGUUUCUAGUGCCUGUAGUGAAGUAAUUGUAGUAUUAGCUGCAUUUUCAAUAGUAGCAGUACUGUCUCGUCUUAUUUGUGUGUUUUGUACUUUAUACAGUUCAAAAGGCAAAUGGUAGUAGUAUGAAUCAAGAAUUGCUGGAAAGGAUUCGUUUAUCGAACGUUAAAUUUCAA